UGUUCAGAUCUUGAGGUCCACAGUUUCACCUUCGUACCACAACACCCAAGUGGUUCUUUAGAAAGAGAGAGUGAUUUAUAAGCUUCUCUCUGGGCGUUACAUUUUUUUGUGAACAUAGAAACACUCAAAACUUAACCAAAACAAACAAAAAAUGGGAGAGGAGGAGAAGAAACCAGAAGCAGCAGAGGAGAAGAAAAUGGAGGAAAAGAAACCAGAAGAGGAGAAAAAAGAAGGAGAAGGAAAGAAAGUAGAGGCUGAUGAGAAAAAAGGAGAAGAAUCUGAGAAGAAAACUCAAGAAGGAGAACCUACUAAAGAUUCCAAAGAAGAUGCACCUCCGGCGGAGCCUGAGGCUCCAGCACCCCCUCCUCCGCCGCAAGAUAUUAUCCUUAAAGUUUACAUGCAUUGUGAAGGCUGUGCUAGAAAAGUUCGCCGUUGCCUCAACGGCUUCGAAGGAGUGGAAGAUGUGAUGACUGAUUGUAAAACGGGGAAAGUGGUGGUGAAGGGAGAGAAAGCUGAUCCGUUAAAAGUAUUAGCCAGAGUUCAAAGAAAGACCCACCGUCAAGUUGUGCUUGUUUCUCCAAUUCCUCCGCCGUCUCAGCUCCCGGAGAAGAAAGCCGAGGAGGAGAAACCCAAAGUGGAAGAGAAGAAAGUGGAGCCUCCCGUAGUGGUCACGGUGGUCCUCAAGGUUCACAUGCACUGCGAAGCCUGUGCAACGGAGAUCAAGAAACGGAUCAUGAGAAUGAAAGGAGUGGAAUCUGCUGAAUCCGAUUUAAAGGGUUCUCAAGUGACAGUGAAAGGAGUGUUUGAACCGCAAAAGCUCGUUGAACACAUUUAUAAACGGACUGGAAAACAUGCUGCCAUUAUGAAAAUUGACCCACCACCUCCACCGCCACCUGAGGAAGCAGCUGCGGCGGCUGAAGCAGAGAAGAAAGAAGAAGGAAAAGGGGACAAUGGCGGAGGAGAGUCCAAAGAGAAGGAAGAAAAGAAAGAAGGGGAUGGUGACAAAGGGGAAGGCAAAGCAGCUGAAAACGGUGGCGGCAGCGGUGAGGGAGAGGAAAAAGUUGUGGAUGUGAGGAAGAUAGAUAAUCCUUAUUACUACUAUUAUUACCAACCACCGCGUGUGGCGGUUCCGCCUAUGGAAAUGCCGCCUCAUGCUUACCCGCCUCAACUGUUCAGCGACGAGAAUCCAAACUCAUGUUCCAUAAUGUAAGACAAGAAACUGAUGAAACGCUAAAGGGUUUAUAUGGAGAAUAUUUUGAACAA